CAGCUCACAGCUGAUCGUCCAAAAUAUUUACGAAUUACGAUUUUAUUUUAAAAUGUUGCUUGUUUUGUAGGUACCUAAUUGUAAUUACAUAAUAGGAAUCAAUGUGGAUUAUUAGUUAAUGUACAAGUUAUAUACUUUAAUUAAGGACUUGAGCGAACUUAGACAAGUUUUUAAGUUGUUUACUUACAGAGUUUUGAGUAUUUUAUCAUUUGUUGUAUCGAAGGAAAACUGUGUAAAUAAAACUCGAUAAACCAGAUAAAGUAGUUGAUAAAAAUGUUUAAAGUUCAUGUUUUGUUGUCUUAACGUUUACACCGUGCGAAGAUUAGGGUUCGGUUUUUAUUUCGCAAAUCGCAAUAGCUAAGUAUGGCAUCCAGAACCAGGGUUUUUGACUUGUUUAGAACAAUAAACAUUGCCUCGUGUCAAUGUCCCGCUCAUGGAUAUAGAGGAAACUUUCAGGUGGCCAAUGCUGUACCCUCCAAAGAUUAUGCUUUUGAGAUAAAAUGCUCAACUGUGCGAUAUGGUUUAGGAGUAACAAGAGAGGUUGGUUUGGAUCUAGUUAACCUCGGUGCCAAGAAUGUCUGUGUGAUGACUGAUCCUAAUGUCGCCAAGCUGAGCCCAAUGAAAGCUGUCUUAGAAUCGCUAGUUAAGAAUGGGAUUAAGUAUGAUGUUUAUGAUGGUGUUAAGGUGGAACCAACCGAUACAAGUUUCAAACACGCAAUAGACUACGUGAAGUCGCGGGACUUCGACAGUUUUCUAGCAGUGGGCGGAGGUUCUGUCAUGGACACGUGCAAAGCUGCCAACCUGUACUAUUGCGACCCAGAGGCUGACUUCAUAGAUUAUGUCAAUGCUCCCAUUGGCAAGGGCAAGCCAGUAACGGUACAGCUCAAGCCUAUGAUAGCCAUACCAACCACAAGUGGCACGGGUAGUGAGACAACUGGCAUGAGCGUGUUCGACUUCGAGGAAAUUAAAUCCAAAACUGGCAUAGCACACUCCGCUCUACGUCCAAUUCUGGCCAUCAUAGACCCUUUACACACAUUGACAGUACCGAAGAAUGUUGCCAUAUACUCCGGCUUCGAUAUAUUCUGUCAUGCCUUGGAGAGUUUCACCGCUAUACCGUAUACGGAGAGAGGCCCUGCGCCGACAAACCCAGCUUUGAGACCGGUGUACCAAGGCAGUAAUCCUAUAUCUGAUGUCUGGUCCAGGUUUUGUUUGCAAGUAUUAAAGAAAUACUUCAAACGUUCAGUCACCAACAGCAAGGACAUAGAAGCGCGGUCGAGUAUGCACCUGGCGGCCACGAUGGCCGGCGUCGGCAUCGGCAACGCCGGCGUGCACUUGUGUCACGGCCUCGCUUACCCCAUCGCGGGGAAUGUGGGGACCUAUGUGCCGGAGGAUUACGGCACGGAACCAAUGAUACCUCACGGCCUAGCAGUAGUAAUGACUGCGCCAGCGGUGUUCCGAUUCACCGCAGCAAGUGAUCCGGAGAAGCAUCUAGAAGCAGCCAACCUCCUGGGUGCAGAUAUAACUGGCAAGAAGCAGGCCGACGCCGGGAAAAUUCUCUCCGACACCAUCAUCAAAUACAUGGAUGAAAUGAAGAUAGAUAAUGGAUUAAGUGGUCUCGGGUACAAGGCGGAUGAUAUACCUGAGCUGGUAAAGGGCGCAUUGCCACAGCAUCGUUUAUUAAAAAUAGCUCCAGUGCAACAAUCAGAAGAGGACUUAUCGAGAAUAUUAGAGGAAUCCUUAACUAUAUACUAGACACUAGUUGUUAUCAAAAAGCAUAUUUUUAUAUUAUUUACAAUGGUUACUGGUUAUUAAAAUAAAACAAACGA